AUGCAUCCACAUCUUGUCAAACCAGAGGGGAACCAAAUUAGUUUUUACAUAAAUAAUAGUACCAUCACACCAGUUUAUAGUACUUCCAUUGUAGAAAAUGGAGUAAGAUUCAAUACCAAAAUCAGCGCAAUUUUCGACUACAUGCCUUGCACCGAGGAAGAAUGGCUGCAAAAGUCCCAACAGUUCGCAGAAAAGUGGAAUUUCCCACAUUGUAUCGGCGCACUGGACGGCAAACACGUUCUUAUCAAAGCACCUAAGCAACGUGGAAGCUUGUACCACAAUUACAAAGGCACACACAGUGUUGUACUUAUGGCACUGGCUGACGCAGAAUAUAAAUUUCAAUACAUUAAUGUCGGAUGUUUUGGACGAAUUUCUGAUGGGGGUGUUUUUAAUGCGUGCUCUCUAUCAAAUAAACUGGCUGAUAACAGUUUAGGUAUUCCAACACCUAGACCACUACCAGGUAGAACUAAACCAGUUCCCUUUGUCAUAGUAGCAGACGACGCUUUUGCCAUGAAGUCUUACAUUAUGAAACCAUAUGCAUUUAGAAACAAAGAAUAUUUAACUAUCGACUAUCACGGGCACGCCGAAUAA